AUCUGGGAAUUUGUGUUAUGUACUUGUGCCCAUUUUUAAGCUGUGUGUGAAUGACUUCAGAGUGUGAAUGUUUACCUCUGUGUCGGAGAUGUAAGAUGACACUCCUGACCUUCCUCCAUCAGCCUCCUCUGCUGGACUGCUAUUAUUCCAUUGCCGCGGUUUAUUGGGAAGGGAGCGGCAGUCAAACCGAGGCAAACCCAAGAAUGUUAGUGGAUCUCGCGGGCAAGUUCUGGUUGAGAUUAGAUUGAGUUGUAAAACAAGCGAAAUGUGUUACAUCAGUGAGUGGCCGAAGCGCUUCUUAAAAACUGUACUGCGACAUCUGAGUCGUCAUAAGGUGGAGUUGCUGAUUGAAAAUGAAGCAGAGAAGGACUACUUGUAUGAUGUCCUCCGCAUGUAUCACGAAGCCAUGGAUUUGCCGGUGCUUGUCGGGGACCUGAAGCUGGUAAUCAACGAACCAAAGCGUUUGCCCCUGUUUGAUGCCAUCCGACCGCUCAUCCCACUCAAACACCAGGUGGAGUAUGACCUGCUAACCCCCAAGAGGUCCAGGAAGCUGAAAGAGGUACGGUUAGAUCGGACACAUCGUGAUGGACUGGGUCUGAGUGUCCGUGGAGGGCUGGAGUUUGGCUGUGGUCUUUACAUAUCACAAAUUGUCAAGGAUGGUCAGGCUGGAAAUGUUGGUCUUCAGGUGGGUGAUGAGAUUGUCCGCAUCAACGGAUACUCCAUCUCCUCCUGUAUCCACGAGGAAGUCGUCAGUCUCAUCAAGACCAAGAAGAUUGUGUCACUCAAAGUUAGACACGUGGGGAUGAUUCCUGUAAAAAGCUCAUCAGAUGAACCCCUCAAGUGGCAGUUUGUCGAUCAAUUUGUGUCCGAAUCUGGGGAGAAAAAAAGCAGUGUUGCUGGUUUGGCAUCGUUCGGAGGGAAGGAAAUCAAGGAGAAGAAGGUCUUCCUCAGCCUCGUGGGCACCAAAGGUAUGGGCAUCAGCAUCUCCAGUGGUCCGACACAGAAACCCGGCAUCUACAUCAGCAACGUCAAACCCGACUCACUAUCUGUGGAGGUCGGACUUCAGAUUGGAGACCAGAUCGUGGAGGUGAACGGAGUGGACUUUAACCAUGUGGACCACAAAGAGGCCGUAAGAGUCCUCAAAAGCAGCAGGAGUCUGACUAUUACUGUUCUGACCGGAGCCGGCAGCGAGCUGUUUAUGACGGACGAGGAGCGUUUGGCGGUGGAGGCACGCAGGGAGCUGGAGAGGCAAGAGCUGAUGCGUCAGAAGAGGGUGGCUCUGGAGACCAACAAGAUCCUUAAAGAGCAGCAGGAGAAGGAGAGACAAAGGAAAAUGGAGAUCUCACAGAAGGCUGCAGAGGAAGCGCAGCGCUACGAGCAGGAGAUGGAGAGAAUUGAGGCUGCGGAGAGGAAACACCACAGAGAGUGGGAAGAGGACUAUGGUACUACCGAGCGACCUCAGGAUCCACAGAUCCAGAGGAGCCCAUCACCCGCCCCGUCUCCGAAGGCCAAAGGUUCUCCAUUUGGCUGGUUUUAUCAGUACGAGGGGAAACUUCCAUCCUUCCAUAAGAAAGGAGAGAAAAAGAAGAAAAAGAAAAAAAUGUCCAACACAGACACGCUGCAGGAGCAGAGGAAAAACAAAAAGGAGAUGGAGUUUGAGCUGAAAUUGGCCAAGGAGAAAGAAGAGAUGUACGAACGAGAGAAGCAGUUGAAGAUCAAUAGGCUGGUUCAGGAGGUUUCAGAGACAGAGAGGGAAGACCGAGAGGAGUCUGAGAAAGUGCAGCACUGGGUUGAGUGUCUUUGUCAGACUCGCUUGGAACAAAUAUCUUGUGUGGAGAACCCGUCGCCAGAGCUGUCACCCCCCCUCUCACCUCCCUCGGAGCCCAAGGUGAAGCGUUUCCCUGGAGGCCUGCACCUUGCCACUACUGACCUGGAUGACAUUAACUUGGAUCAUGUGGAUCAGAGCCUGAAGGGGCCCCUUAAGAGACUAGCGCCCACCCCACCAAUGAGUAGCCAGCCUCUCCCGCCGCCUUCACCCAAAGCAAACCUUCUUCUAUCUCCACAGCGCCAGCCAGCGUCUCCACCCAACGCCUCGCCUACCUUGACCAACAAGGGGCGCAGACCUCAUCCGUCUCCAGCCCCUCAUCUACCUUCCUCCCAUUAUCCCCCUCCGUCUCAGUCUACCCGGCCGCCUUCAUCCCCUCAGCCCAUCCCGACACCUCCUCCGGCUCCACCCCCACCCCCACCCCCGCCGCCCCCGCCUCCUCCACCGCCACAGCAGUCUGAAGAAAGAGUAGGUGCCCUCGGUGGAUACCGCCAGCAUCAUAACCUGGCUCACCCCUCCGGUCCACCUGAGCGCAGGAGUGAGUGGGAGGCGGGCGGAUACCUGCCGAGAGGGGGCAUCUACUCAUCCGACGCAAGUGAAAUGUCCUACCCGUCGAGUCCCAAGGUUCUGAGAAACACUUCGCAUGCCAGUUGCAUUUCCACUCCUCCCUUGCAACUGGCACCCAGUCCUCCGAACCAGCGGCGUCCAACGGCCCCCGUCACGGCGAAGCCCGUCAUGCUGCCUCAGUCGCAGACCCAACGACCAGACCCGCUCAGACCUGCUGUUCGUUCUGAUGGACUGGGCUUUCAGAAAUACCUGGAAGACUUCGAUCCCCACUCCAUGUUCUCAUCAGACCAGAUAGCGGGACGAGACGUGAGACUACUGAGGAUCAGAAAGGUGGGACAGCUUGACUUGGCUCUGGAGGGGGGCGCUGACUCACCUUUGGGGAAAUUAGUGGUGUCGUCGGUGUACGAGGGAGGGGACGCAGAUAAGCAUGGUGGCAUUGUAGCAGGUGAUGAACUUCUGGCUGUUAAUGGGAAGAUCCUGAUAGAUGCCACACUGAAGGAAGGACAAAACUCUCUGGCACGAGCCUGGAAUAGUGGAGGGAACAUUCUUCUAGCUGCUGCAGUUUGGUUCAGAAGAAGGAACAUUUCAUUCUUGAGGAUUCCUUUGGGAUUUAGCUCAUCUUGUCCGCCACAUCAGAAUCAUGCACUUGCCCGCAGCCUCCUGGUGUUCUUUUACUCUUAGUUUGCAUUGCAAAUUUGAGCUGGAAGAGCCUGCCAAGAUAGUGAAUCAUAUUUGGCUUGAUUUGUAAAGGAUGCUCAUGAUCAAUAUUUCAUUUACUCCAGUAAUCCUUCUCACCCGCGUGCAGCCGGGCCAUGAAGCCGUUGCCCGAAAAAAAAACACACACACACAAAAUAAACAAAACACGUCCAUGCUGAGCUUUCCUACAUGCUUGUGUCUCAUUGGUCAAUGGUAGUAAGGGUUUUAAGGAAUAAAUAAAGGAAUUAAGAAUCGA